CGUUUAAUGUCCGGUAAUGUUGUUGUGAUGUUGCUGUGAUGUGUCUCUGGGCUUCAGUGUGUUUGUGGGGAGAUUAUCAGGAUUAUGGUAUUUUAUCUUUAUAAUAUUCCUGCACCCUGAGGUGCUCCGUGGUGAUUUUGCUGUGUUUCUGACCUUUGUAUCAGGCUGUUACAGAUAUUUUUUACCCUCUACAGUCCAUAAUAUUCCCACUGUCCCUCUGUAGAGUUUUACAGUGUGUCUGUGGUUCUUUGUGCUGAUUUAUUUUUCCUCUUGAAUCAUCGUUAAUGAUCCUAUAGGGCCAUUUGGAGUGUCGGUGGCUUUACAGAGGCUUUAUUGAAUUUUGCGGUAACUCCUAUAGCAUCUCCACAGACUCAUAUUCUCAUGUCCCUGUAAAGGCUUUAUAGAGUGUCUGUGGUUUUCAUGUGACUUUAUGGCUCUUCAGUGUUUUAAAAUCUCUGGAUUUUUCAGCCUUUUUGCUUCAGUGAAGCUUUAGAAGUGAAGCGUCGUGUCCACUGCUCACUUCUUUUUUUAUCAUGUGUACGCUUCCUCCAACAGCUCAGAUCGUAAAUAUCAUUAGCUGAUAUUUUUGAUCAGUUUUGCUUCUUUCUGCAUGAUUUACAGUUAACUCAGCAGCCUCUGAACUCUGCCUGUAUGAUGUAUAGGGGGCGCUGUUAACUGGCUCCGUUCACCUCUCAGCUCCAGUUCACCAGACGCUUAAUAACAGUGGACCCUCACUGUGAGCACCCUGCAGGAUGUCAGCCUGUCAGACAUCAGGAAACAUUUUCAGGCAUUUGGCUUUCCUCUUUUUUUUUCUUUUUAUCGUCAGUACAUUUAUCUGGCUGUUAUUUAAUAUUCUAAUAAUUCUGUACUUUACAAAAAGCAGAACUAGCGUUCAAGAGCUUUUCCUCCAGUUAACACGUCUGAAUACUUUGUUCCACUGCUGCCUGUUUGUCCACGACUGUUGUUCAGGGUCAGACGUUUAUUCUCAUUUCUACUAUGAAAAAAUCCAAAUCGAAAAAAGAUGUAGUUGCUCCAGGACCAGGGUGCAAAACCCACAAAAUAUCAUAAACAUAAAAUUUAAGCUGAGUGCAAAAAAGUAAAUAAAGUUAAUAUAUAUCAGACUUAAGAAAAAUAAAAACAUAAACACCAGUAGAAAUAAAAAAAGACAACAGGGACCCUCCCUCCCUCACCCAACCGACUGUUUAUACAUCAAUCUGUGAGUCAUAAUAUAAUCUCAUAUCAUAAAACAUCACAUCAUAGAAUAAUAAAACAGACAAUAUAAUCUGCAGAGUUCAGCAGGUCACAGAGCUGCAGCUUUAUAUAAGACUGUUACUGAGCUGAUUGGCAAUAUCUCAAUAUGAUCUCACAUGUGCCUCAUUCAUAUUAUAUAAGAGAGUGUGAGUGUGUUAUGUAAAAAUGAUUUGGACUGAUUUAUGCUCCAACAGCCCCAACAAGAAAUAAUAAUAGUACUACUACUAAUGAUAAUAAUAAUUAACACUAAUAAUAGGUGGAAACUGGUGGUUUAAAGAGUAAUUAAAGUGUCUCCCAGCGGUGAGGGGAUCCUGUCAGACCCUCAUGGAUCACACGGAUCUCCCCUCUAGACUCUGUCCGCUUCUUAUUGACUUCACUGAAGCGGCUGUUUGUGUGUGAGCGCUGGACCCGGACUCAGUCCCCGGGUCUCAGCUGCUGUCAGGUGCCUGCUGGUCACGAACUGACGCCGGAUUAGAGGCUGUUUUCCGUCAUCAUUUGCAUGAGAGCGGAGCAGAAACCCGCCUGUGGAGUGAGCGGGACCGAGGCUGAGAGGCAGCGGGGCUGCAGAGCGGACUUGGACUUGAUUUAGGAAGAGGCGGCGAGUCACGGUCCAAAGUUUGGCUGAGCCUCAACUUCACCCUCCCGCUGCGGGUUGUUGGAUUUGUCCCACUUCUUCCUCCUUAAUGCGUAAACUAGCUUUAAAACCCAAUCGUUGUUUCCCGCCGUCACACAGAAUCAGAUCUGCGGAGAAAUGUCCAUCUCAGCUAAUCGAUCGAUAAAUACCGAUCAAUAAGCCCUCAGCCUGAUCAGUUUCAUCUCAAUAUCCUCUUGAACGGCGGGGUCCCGGAGUACAGCAGAACUCUGCUGCACACACACACUCAUAGACUCACACACACACACACACUCACUCUCACUCUCACACACACGCGCUCACACACUCGCAGCCGCGGCAUCACCGGAUUCUACUUGUGAAACUGCGCGCAGAGGAUUGAUGCCUUUCCUUUCUGAUCGAUAAGCAGAGUGUGUGAUCAGUUUCGGCUCUGCAGGGUCAGUACGCACAGUCUGCGGCCACACACACACACACACACACACACACACACACCGACGCAAUCCGGCGGCGGAGAGCGCGGAGGUCCCGGUGCUCGGAGCAGUAGACAGGCUGGGCAGAGGAGCGGAGAAGAGGUGGCGCUCGUCUCUGCGUCCGGGACAACACACCGACUCUCUCUCUCCCUCUCUCUCUCCUUCACCGUCUCCUCCUGCUGGAGAUAAAUUAACGGAAAGCAGCUGUCGGUUGUUUUAGAGGCGAGGCGGCCGUCUAGCAGCUCAGGGAUCCCGUUUUGCCUUUUUUUCUUUCUUCCUCGUCAGCUCUCUUUUCCCGGGACUCCGCCGACACCGCUGCUGCUGCACCGCGCCCUCCGUCCCGAGCACCGAGGAGCCCGCACCGCCGCACGCCGGCCACAGCGCACCGCAGGACGGAUAGACAUGUUGCCGAGGUCCGCCGGUCGCCGUGGCUCUCCGGCGGUUUGAAAUGCAGUUUCGGGACAUUGUGGAGGUUUGCAUCGUCCGCCACCACCGGCCGCUCUCGCCUCACCCCCGAGCACCGACACCACACCGGGCUGCCCUGUGACUAGUUUCCUCUUUUUCAUCUUCUAACGGGACUUUUCUCUCGCUGCCGGAGAUGUUCUUGGUGUCUGGGCUGAAAGUUGUGCGCUCCCCGGCGGAGGGCCUCUAACAGGUCCGGACAGUACAUGUAACCCGAGGCGGGGUCAAAGUUCAGCCCUGGUUGGAAAUGUGAAAGCGAAGGGGGCAAAGGAGGGCUCUAUUAUCCCCUCUCUCUCUCUCUCUCACUCUGUCUCUCCUUUUUUCUGUUCUUUCCUUUUUACACACACACACACACACACACACACACACACACACACACACACACACACACACACACACACAGGCUGGAGUUACAGUAACACACACACAUAAACACACACACACCUUCCAGAUCUAAGAUUAGAUCCAACAGAUAUGUAUUCUCCGCUAUGUCUGACACAGGAUGAAUUCCAUCCUUUCAUCGAAGCCCUGCUGCCCCACGUCCGGGCCUUCGCCUACACAUGGUUCAACCUGCAGGCUCGCAAGAGGAAGUACUUCAAGAAGCACGAGAAGCGCAUGUCCAAGGAGGAGGAGCGCGCCGUGAAGGACGAGCUGCUCAGCGAGAAGCCCGAGGUCAAACAGAAGUGGGCGUCCCGCCUCCUCGCCAAGCUGCGCAAGGACAUCCGACCCGAGUUCAGGGAGGACUUUGUGCUGACGGUGACGGGGAAGAAGCCGCCAUGCUGCGUGCUGUCCAACCCCGACCAGAAGGGCAAGAUGAGGAGGAUCGACUGCCUGCGCCAGGCGGACAAAGUGUGGAGGCUGGACCUGGUCAUGGUGAUUUUAUUCAAAGGGAUUCCCCUCGAAAGUACUGACGGGGAGAGGCUGGUAAAGUCUCCUCAGUGUUCGAACCCCAGCCUGUGUGUGCAGCCGCACCACAUUGGAGUUUCAGUCAAGGAGCUGGAUCUGUACCUGGCCUACUUCGUGCACGCAGAAGCCAGCCAAUCAGAGAGCCCCAACCAGGCCAGCGAAUCUGAUAUCAAGGAGCAGCCAGAGAACGGUCACCUGGGUUUUCAGGACAGCUUCGUCACACCUGGAGUCUUCACAGUGGCCGAGCUAGUACGAGUCUCACAGACACCCAUCGCAGCCGGCACCGGUCCAAACUUCUCAUUGGCCGACCUGGACAGCUCCUCCUACUACAGCAUGAGUCCAGGAGCCAUGAGGAGACCCCUACCCAGCACCUCCUCCUCCAGCUCUGCCAAGAGGAUAAAGUGUAUGGAGGAGGACGUGGACAGUCCAGGAGAGGAGUCCUACUACCCGGGUCAGGGUCGGUCUCCGGGCAGCGGCAGCCAGGCCAGCAGCUGGCACGACGUGGAGCCAGCUGGAUAUAAGCUGCGUGGCUCUCUAGCUAGCUCGUUCAUCUCCCGACAAGGGAUGCCGUCGCCCGCUGGCGCUCUAAAGAAGUCAGAGAAGUCUGGUUUCUGCGGCGCCGUGCCUUCACCGAGCGGUGCCUCCUCCGCCUCCACCUCCUCCUCUUCUUCUUCCUCCUCUUCCCCCCGAACGGCUUUCACACACCAUCACCGGCCCGUCAUUACUGGGCCUCGAGCGAGCCCCCACGCUCCCCCCUCCAGCCUCCACUUCUCCUCCUCCCCCAUCCUGCAGCAGCCCGGCUCCUACUUCUCCCACCCGGCCAUCAGGUAUCACCCGCAGGAGACGCUCAAGGAGUUCGUCCAACUGGUCUGUCCUGACUCCGCCCAGCAGGCCGGACAGGUGGGCUUCCUCAACCCUAAUGGUAGCUCCCAGGGAAAGGUCCACAACCCUUUCCUGCCGACGCCCAUGCUGCCUCCCCCUCCGCCUCCCCCGAUGGCCCGUCCCGUCCCACUGCCCGUUGACGCCAAGCCGCCCUCCACCUCCUCCACUGAGGGGGGAGGCAACUCGCCCACCUCGCCCACUUACUCUACCCCCACUACAUCUCCAGCCCAGCGGUUCGUCAGCGUCGGACCCAGAGACCCCGGCUUUAACAUCCCUCAGCAACCACAGUGGUACCUGGGAUAAGGACUCCAGAGGCCCCUCCAUCCUCCACCCACCUGUACGACAGAUCGCUGCAGCCUCCUCCUCAACAUUUCACCUUUGAUGCCAGCUGCAACAGAGAGCCCUGUCUUGCCCCACCCUUACAGCCCCCCCAUUCUCCUCUGCGCCUGACUCCGCUCCCACCAGCGCCAUACAGAGACUCAGCAGCAUCAGCAUGGCUACAGCGGAUCAAACGCACCCCGACCCUGGUGUUAAACACCCACUCUGUAAACUCUAUGUCAAAGACUUCCCUGUAGACAUAUGGUUCAUAUGUCAGUGUCCAUAUUUAGUGCCAGACCCCCCCUCCUCUCUUCCCCAACUCCCCAGAAACCAGACCAGGCUGAAAAAUUAGUGGGGGGACUGAGCUUUCAAUUUUGGGAACGCUGCAGGACUGAAUUACAGAGCUUCCCUUCUGGAGAAACCACAUACACACUCUCCCAUCAUCCUCUGCAGUGUGUGCAUCCAGUGGACUUGCAGGGGUACAAAGUCCUCCCCACUUCCACCACGCGACCCCCCCAUCCCGAUGGAUUCCGAUGGCUUGGUCGGAUUGGUUGUUGGGACAGGACAGGAUGUGCUGUGGUUGGAGGGAGGGAGGAGGUGUUAACUGGCUCAGAUACCACCAGCUAAUACCCCCGCCCCCUCCCCACACCUGAGCCCUCACACACCUCCUGGGAUGGACUCCACCCCCACUUGACCCCACCCCCUGGUUGGUUGCAGGUCAGGGAGGGAGGAAGCCGACAAAGUUCUUUCCAAGGACAUAGACCAGUGCUUAAUGGAAAGACGUGAUCUGACGGGGAGGUGGUGCGGGUGCAAACAGACGCCCUUCCUGUUUCACAGUAAUAACAUGAACUACACGUGGAGGGAUGGGGGUGAUGAUGGGGGAGGUCGGGUGGAGGGGGGUUAUAAACGUGGGGAAGCAGGGGUUUGUUGAUGUGUUGCGACCAGACACUGGUGGAUCAAGCUCGUUUAUCUGGGAGGCUUUGGCUUCAUGGCUCAUUGAUUUUUCUCUCUUAGCCAUCAUUUCAGCUGGUCCCCUCCUCCUCCUCCUCUUUCCAUCCACCAGUCUGGGUGAAGCUACAGCAUGUUGAGGGUGGGCAGAAAACUCUGGUGUCCGAAACGAAGCAGGCAGACAGGAGAGAGAUGAGUGACUAAAACUUUACCAGUGGAAUAUUGAUCAUGAGGAAAGUGCAAUUUUGUUGGCUAGCUGUUGGAUAGUUAAAUAUCUUUGUAAGAUAGCUCGUUGAAAACAGUUGUUGAAAAGUAUAUAUAAAUAUAUAUUUUUCUUCCUAGUCCGCUCACACCUCUGGGACUCUAAAAUAUUGGGGUACAAAAGACAACAACACAGCGUUGAACUAGAAACCAUAGCCUUGUGAGAAAUAAGGGGAGCUGUAUUCACUUUUAUUGUUUAUUAUUUGUUGUUUGUUCAUCUUGAAAAGCUGUUAGCAUGGUAGAACAAGAAUCCCUUUAAGAAAUAUCAUCAGUUUAAACAAUCAUUUUUUAAAGCUUUUCUCGCAGCUUAAGUCUGCCUUUCAUUUUGUUUAAGAGAAAAAAAACGCAAAGCGAUUAACUUAUUUUAAUGAGCACAUCGUUUUACUUUAAAAAAAGAAAAGAAAAGCAAUUUGAAUUUCUCAUGAGGCAAAAUCAUGAGAAAUAUAACGAGUGAAUUUAAGCUUAAAAGUAAUCAUGUUUUCUCCGGUUUCUGUUGGCGAGAUAAUCUUUAACGGGUGCCACCCGGUAACGGGCUGCCCAAUGAUUGGGCGGGUCUCCUAGAGCUCCUGUCCAAUCAAAAGCACUUAUUCCUGCAGUUGGCCAAUGGCCCGCGAGUGUGUAAUCAGGGGGUGAGGUUUAGCGAUAAAGAGGCAGAGCAGAGGGUAACUCUCUGGGAGCUUUCGUCCACAAAUAGACAAGACAGCCGAGCGCUUCACAUGCAACUUACCAUUUUGUUGAACUUCAGUUUUGUUUUUCCUUUCCUAUACUAUAUAUAUAAAUAUAUAUAUAUACACACACACACACACACAAACACAAACACACUCACACACACACACAUACACUCUUACGACCAUCCAGCGUCGAACAAAAGUGAAUUUAAGUGAAAAUUUACAAAAAAAGAACAAAAAAAUCUGCAUGUUUUAGUGUUAGUGACAAAUUUUUCCAUAGAUGAUGUAGUUAGUGAGAUAAAGACACUAUAUUGUAAACCCAACAUCAGGCACUUGCCAGCAGCCGUCUAUUAGUUUGGCCCCGUCAAGGCCUUUUCUAUCUCUCUCCUUCACAAACAACCAGCUCUCUUCGCUUCUCGGCAUUUCUCCAUUCUUUUUAUUUCUUAUUCCUUCCCUUCCUGCUUCCUUGCUUUUUCCUUCAUCAACAGAUCAAUUAUGCUUUUCAGUUCCACAACGCUCUCUUUCAUCCGUACAUUAUCAAAUUGCACGAAAACAAUUGUUCCUCAUCAAUGUGCCUUGAGCUACAGUCCAGUCCUGAGGGUGCACAAGAUCCAAUGUGGAGAGUUGUUUUAUUGUUUUUUUCUUCCACCCUCCACACCUGAGAUUUUGUAGGUAACUGGAGCAAUUAAUGUCGAAGCGUUAAAGCUGAAGAGGAACGCUGUGAUUUCCAGAAUUACUCGCUGGUAAACUCUUAGUAUAAAAAGGUCUGAGGCCUGCGCUGCACUGCUUUCUGCCCCCACUCCCCCCACCUACCUGCAGCGCUGAGCAGAGACCUCACAGGUGAAAUCCACACCAGCUACAAUCAGGUCAAUCAUCUCCAGAUCUCUGCUAACUAGUGGCAACACGCUGAAUUUUUGUGAAAUGAGCAUAAAGUCUGAGGUUUGGGUCAAAUUUGCUAAGUUCAGUUUAGCUGAAAGGUAACAGAUAUAAGUUAGCUAACGGUUUAGUGGCGUACACACUUUGAAUCAGGUUAGCUCCCGUUAGGUGUGGUUCAGCUUUGCUAAGUGUUCAUUUUAGCUCCUAAGAAAAUUUUGGCUCAAGUUAGUUAACAGUUCAAUUUAAGAGCAAAAAUUUACUGAUUUGAGUUAGCUAGCAAUUCGGUUGCUAAAACACUUAAAAUCUGGUGAGCUAACUGCUAUCAGUUUAUCUAAUAGUUUGGUUUACUACGUAAUAGUUAAGUUUAGCAGAUAAACUGUUUAGUUCCAGUUAGCUAACAAGCUAUUUUAACUUCUAAAAAUGUUUGGUUCAAGUGACUGAUUCAAGUUAGCUAACAGUUUAGUGGUUAAACACUUUGAAUCAGGUUAGUUAACGUUUGGUUAGGUUACGUUAAGUUUGGGUUACCUUUUGCAAACUGCAUCCUUUCAGUUUAUUAUAGCAUUUUUUUUAAUUAACUAGCUCUAGUUUUAGUAGCUAAAACACUUUUAAUGAGGUUAGCUAACUGUUGAGUUUAGCGGCUAAAACAGUUAAGUUCAAUUUAUCUAAGAGUUCAGUUUAUUCCCUAGUUCUCAAGAGUUUAGUUUACCAGCUAAAACAGUUUGAAUGAGAUUAGCUAAGAGUUCAGUCCCCAACAGUAAAGUUUAGUAGUUAAAAAAGUUCAGCUAGCUAGCAGCUAAGUUUAGUGUCUAAGACACUUUGAAUCAGUGAACUAACUGUUGAGUUUAGCAGCUGAAACAGUUUAGUUCAGUUUUCAGUUUCAGUUUAUUCCCCAGUCUAUAACAGUGUAGUUCAGUAGUUAAAACAGUUUGGAUGACAGCGAUUAUUGUAUGACAUGUUUAUUUUAGCAUCUAAAGGUAUUUGCUUCAGCCUAGCUAACACAGGCUAUGUUGUUCCCUAACAGUCCACUUUAAAACUUAAAAAAAAAAACUUAACUAUACAUAAUAAGUGUGGUGGUGAUUAGAUUAAAAAAAAUUUUAAAAAACAACUGUUAUUCUUUAUACCAUACAGUAGGAAAAAUGUGUUUUUCAGAAGAUAUGUACACGGUGAAGUUGAUGUCUGUGAGGAUGGAGUGAUACACUAAAAACACACCUUUCUGUCAAGGUGCGUUCCAAUCACCUAGUAGUUCCCUGCGCAGUGGACUGCACAGGGUAUUCAGCCAUGUUAAGUAAGAUUCCAAACCGUAGGGAGCAAAAGGUGCUCAGUUCAAAGGGACCUAUGAACUGAGCAGGGAAUAACUGAACAACCAUUCAUCAAUUCACCAGAAGUUGACAAGAUUACCCAUCAGUCAUUGCGCCUAGCAGGUGCGCCAAAAACGACAAUGGACAACAUCUUGUAAAUCAAUCAAAUCACAUUUAUUCCCAAGUUACAUACAAUUAAAUAUAAUAGGUUUUGUAAUGGUAUCAGUUAUUUAUCAAUAUAUAUUAAAUUUUCAAUAUUUUAUUUCAGUAGUGUAAAAUGUCCACAGUAGCAGCAACACGUAUCCGAGGUGUUUACGUUACCAGGGUGACGCAUGGAGGAAGGAGGAUGUCUGCGUUUAUGACGUUGCAGGGUGCUCCGAAUGAAGUAAUUUUGUUGAGGGAAGUUCCCUUAACUGAUAUUCCCUGAGCAGGGAGCAAGGAGCACUGUUUAUGUACACUAUGGAUCGGAACGCAACCUCACUCUUUGUGUUGUCGGCAGUUGAAGACAUUGUGCUCAUUUGACUAAAUUUCGCGAUGCCAGUAUCUUGAUGGAGCAGACGGAGCUUAUAACUGCUCACUACCUGGUAGAUUGGUUCAGUUGAGUGUGUUUACCCCCCCCCCCCCCUCCAUCCUGUCCUUUGUUUGGUGGGGUGACUUUUACAUCUGUUGCUGUAAUCUCCAAACAGCAAAACCUUUUCUUUUUAAGUCCUCCAGUUUUAAUUUUUGGUUUGUUUGUUCUUCUACUUUUGUUCCCACAUAUGAAUAAUGAAAACUUUAAAUAUGCAAUACCUGCUUGCACUCACUUAGACUUAUUUUGUCUCAUAUUGUUUAUUUAGUCUGAUUUUUCUUUCUAUUUACUUUCAACCAAAGUUAGCAUGCACAUGACUGGCGUUGUGCUCUGUGGCCCUAAAAAUAAAUAGUGAAGCCAGCCCUGUAGUGAUGCUCCAGCCAAGCUGAGCCGCUCAGGGAUUCCUUCUUUCCUCCCUUCUUUCCUUCCUUCCUUCCUGUUUCGAUAAUCUACCAGGCGGCCACAAUACGACAUUCGGGUCUCUCUUUCCUAAAAUUUAAAAAAUUUAAUUUCUUUGGUCACAAGCAAGCCUUAAACAAGUCCAACUUCUUUUCCAUCGCACAGAACAGUCAAUCAAAAACAUUUCUGAUGAUGUCCAGCAUUUUAACUGUACCCCGCCCUGCUCCGCAGAGGUUCUAGUGAAUAAAUCAUUUACCCGUUCUGUGUUCGGUCCAUCUAUCAAAGUUAACGGACAGUGACGUGAUGGUUUAGUAGUUCCACUUGUGUGGGUUGUGUGUUUCCUCUUAGUGUGACAUGUUUGUCUCUGUUCUUGCCUACCCUUUAGCCAUGAGUUGGGCAUUACUUCCUUAAUUAUCUGCACUAAAUAUGAAAUAAAUGACAAUAGUGAAAAAGUAUGUAAUAAAAAAAUACAGCUUCCAGGGCUUAAAAAGAGCGAAGGGAAUAUAAAAAAAAAAAAAAAAUUGCACGGACAUUUUUUUUUAAGUGUCACAAAAACCUUGUGAAACAGCCUAGCAUCUAAUCAGCGACUUUUGGCUGUGUGUGUAAGAUAACGACAAAAUUGCACCCUUUUUAAAGAAAGAAAAAAUGAAAAAGAAUAUAAAAGCAAUAGUUUGGGCAGUGUGUUGUUUUGUUCUUGUGUUAUGUGUGUAAUUUAGUUCUGGUACAGCAGCGAAGAGACGCAGAGAAGAGUUAGCUCUUAACGGACGGGAGGGCAGAGCAGCAGGGCCACUCGGCCUGACUGGGAGACGUGUUUGUAUGUUGUAUAGUUUUAUUAAUUACACUGAUUUUAAAGCUGCCCUAUUUUAUAAUGCAGGACUUUUGUAACAUUGAUUAAAUGAGGAAAAACUAGUGUUGUGAAUUUUCUGAUUGUUUGUAUCGAGGCCACAUUACUAGAACUGGUUUGGUUUGUUUUCUGGGAACUGGAUUUAAGUUGAAAACUUUCCUGUUUCCUUAUUUUCUUUAUUUUUCUUUGCUUUCCUUUUUGUAUGUAUUUAAGGACAUUUCCUCUUUGAUGGUAUAGCAUAUUCCUGUACUUAAAAAGUACAGGGCGCUGUGGUGAUAAGACCAUUGUAAAUGGAUGUUACAGUAUGCUCUAUGUUUGAAGGUUAUUUGUUGCAUCAGUGUUGAUGAAGCUAAAUCUAGGUAAUUCUGAGGAAAACUGGUAAGAGAAGCGAGCGUUUUUUAUGCAUUUUAAAAACUUUAGUUUUAGGCAGGAGACAAUGACAUAGCCAGCCAAAGGAUGCCCCUACUAUAAAUGCAUCUAGGCAUCUUUUUUUGUGUUCACCAUUCCAUGCAGGAAAAUAAACAGCUUGAUUAUGCAACAUGA